UUUAACCAGCGAGACAGUGCGGUAUCUUAGGGGGCGCCUGCGUUCGGAGGAAAAGGAUUAAUACAUUAAAAAUAAAAGGAAAGAAAAGUACAAGUCUGUGAAUAAAGCUGAUUUGGCAUAAAUCUGUAUAGUACACUAGUGUAUAGAGGAAGCAUGGUGGACAGUAUUUACCGCACGCGCUCUCUCGGCGUGGGCGCCGUCGGCCUGCCGGAUCAGUACGCGGACGGGAAAGCGGCGAAAGUGUGGCAGCUGUAUAUAGGAGACACAAAGAGCCGCACGGAGGAGUACCGCAGCUGGGUGGUGUCUCUGCUCAAACAACAGGGCUGUAAGAUGGUGCUGGAUGUGGCUUGUGGCACGGGUGUGGACUCGAUCAUGCUGCUGGAGGAGGGUUUCAGGGUGGUCAGUGUUGAUGCCAGUGACAAGAUGCUGAAGCAUGCACUCAAGGAGAGAUGGGAAAGGAGAAAAGAACCAGCGUAUGAUAAUUGGGUAAUCGAGGAGGCUAAUUGGCUUACGCUAGCUGACGAUAUUCAGAAGCCAGGAGACGGAUUUGAUGCAGUUAUCUGCCUGGGGAACUCAUUUGCUCAUUUGCCAGAUUUUAAAGGAGAUCAGAGUGAUCAGAAGCUGGCUCUGCAGAACAUUGCAAGCAUGGUGAAACCUGGAGGAAUCCUGAUCAUUGAUCACCGCAACUAUGACUACAUUCUCAAGACCGGCAAAGCGCCAGAGGGCAAGAACAUUUAUUACCAGAGUGAUUUAAAACAAGACAUCGACACGUCUGUACUGUGGGUAAACAACAAGGCCACCAUGGUGACUCUGGACUACUCACUGGAGGUCCUACAUGCUGAAGGAUCACAGAAAGCACCUGAGACAAGUAAAUUCCGCUUGUCGUAUUACCCUCACCAACUGGACAGCUUCAAGGAUCUGCUGAAGGCAGCCUUUUUUGGAAAAUGCAAGCAGAAAGUGUUUGGUGAUUUCAAGCACUAUACUCCAGGACAAGGAGAAGCUCCCUGUUACUUCAUCCAUGUUGUCGAGAAGACAGCUUGAGGCAAUUUGUAUGACCCAAAAUGUUGCGUUUUGGAAUAAUCUGCAUUAUAUCUGUUUCAUUUGCUUUUGUUUUGAUGAAGGUUUAACCUUGAAAGCCUUUCACAACAGCAAAGGCGGAUCUGAAGACAAAACACAAUGCGGUAGAUCAACACCAAAAAAAACGAAGCGUACUAGGGCUGAAAUACUGGUUAAAUCUGUGUGUGUUUCUCAUGUACAUUAUUUUACUUAACCAACUAUGAAGUUCUGUUUUAACUGGAAUUACGUUUACGGCUGUGCUUGGAAUUUCAAACUUUAGAUGAUCAUCCUACGCUUUUAUAAUCUUGUUAUAAUUUUAAAUGCAAAGACUUGCAUUGCAAUAUUUUAUUCUACAACCACAUGCCUUAAACUGAAACUGACAGACGGAACAAAGUUGUGUCAGGUUUACUCAUCCAGAUCCAUGUUUCUAAUGAACUAGAUCCAUUCAAAUCCUCUGGUCAAACGAGUCUUUUACUUUGUUUUUUUAUCCAGCUUUACUGGAUACUACAUCGCUGCUGAUCUCUUAUUAGACUGAGCGAGAGGUUCAAAAGUUAUUACUCUUUUUAGUCUGAACAAGUCUGUAUGGAUAUUUUCUUUCAAAUUGAAUGUUGUGUCAUCAACAAAGACCUUUAAAAGUAAACUCUACCCUGAAUGAUUUUAAUGGCACCAGACAUUUAGUAAAUGCUGUAAUAAACUUCUGAGCUUAAAUCUUUUUCACUGACUCUGUUAUCAUCUUAUAAAUGCUUCCAACAGAGUGGAGUUUUCUUUUAAGACAGCGAUAGAUUUACAUUUUGAACAAAGCUUACGGUUUUCAAACAUUUUCUUCUCUGAAUCUAUUGUUUUAAUCGCUGAAUUCUGUAUUUUUGUGUGGUUUGCUUUGAUGGUACAAAAGUGCAAAGUUCAUGUACUAUUUGUUCAACCACUGAUUGUACUAAAGUGACCUUAAAAAAAAAAUAGAUGUACAUUUUUAGGUCACUUUAGGUCACCUGUACAAAAUCAUUUGUAGUUUUUCCUAUAUAUUUUGUCAUGUGUCAAUAUAAUAUUGUUUGUGUUUAGGUAGGAGUCUGCAUUAUACUGACAUUACUUUGGUAUCCAAUAUUGCAGCAACUGGUUUAAGAUCCUGGGUUACAAUUUAGGUGGAAGUGAAUAACAAGUGCAGCUUUUGUUAUCAAAAGUGCAUUUAAUACCAAAUGGUGUGUAAUUAUUUUGGUCGAUUGUAUUAAGAAUGACUUGUAAAUAAAAGUUAAAUGAAAGUCUUAUAUUAAAAAGGUUUACAGAACUUUAAUAAAAUUGCUGUAUCCAAA